AUGGCCGAACUCUUCGCCGAGCGCGAUCGAUCCAGCAGAUAUAAUGAGAAUGCAACAACUACGAUGGACAAGUGGGUUGGCGUUCCUGCAGAGAAAACUGCACCAUGGGUUUCACAAGGCACCCGCACCACUCCAGCCCUACAAUCUCUGACGCUCGCCGUGUUUGAAAAUGAGAUCCUCUCACCCUCAAAGGUUCGAUCGCCUCUCCAUAGCGGCUCGUCGCGCACUGCCAACAUUCCCAACGUCACUUUUGAGCCAUUUACUGUCAAGUCUUCAGCUGAGCGUCUUAUGCAAGAUCACACUGUCGAUUAUCUCUAUGCAGUAUCCACUGUAAGCCCAGAGAUAGCAGAGGGGUGCGAAAACCACCAUUCGCGGGCUGCGAAGCGUAGGCACGAAUUCAAAUGCCGGAGAUUUCCACCUUUCUCGCACAUGAAGCUUGUUCAGCAGCGUGGCCGAUAUCAUUUUCUGGCGCCAAAAAGCCUGGUUCGCGGAAAAACUUCCUCACAACGCUGCUGCAAGGAAACCAGAGAGACCGUGAACAACCGUGAACAACCGCAGACCUUCCAAGUAAGCCUACAUUGUGCCAGCUGUAAAUGCAGACGAACGUUCGGUCAUGGUGCGUGGCCUUUCGCUGAACUCAUCAGAUGCAAGAAAAGAUAG